CACACACACACACGCGCGCGCGCGCUCCAAGAGUGUGUACUUCAACAAGAACCGCAUUUGAGCUGCCAUGGGUCUCCUUACCUACGUGUGGAAUCUGUUCAGUAUCCACCUGCAUGAACCCACCGGUGCAGAUUUAAGGUCGCCUGUGUCUCGUCCGGCUGGAUCUCCGCUGCACUGAGGCGCACUGAGGGGGGGGAGACGUGCGUACUGUCAAAACUAAUUGAAAAACGCGCACCAGACACUUGGGUGUUCUGUGAGAACGGAUUGAACGGAAUGGCUAAAGAGACGAGGAGCAAAGUAACAUUGCGCAAGCACAGCGCCUCCCACUGGCGUAUGCGGGAUAUCGCCCAGGAGUCUGUGGACAGCUCUGAUGAUGAGUUUUUCGAUGCCCGUGAGGUCUUGGAGGGGAAGACUGCGAUGUUGCUGGGUAUGAGUCAGUGGAACUCCAAUGACCUCGUGGAACAGAUCGAGACCUUGGGGCAGAUUGACCAGACAGCAGAGAGCGUGUAUGGUGUAGGACGGCCCAGGUACGUGCCCCAGAGCAGCAUUGAAGGCCUAGACGACGCUGAGAUGAAGUGCAAGACGCAGGUCCUGGUGCUGCUUGUGCACGGCGGGAACAUUCUGGACCCCGUGGGCGGCGAUCCCGGGGCGAAGGCCGCUGACAUGGCCACCCUGGCGUCGGUUCUGGAGAAGGUGGCACGUGCCCACCUCCAGGCUGCUGCCCGGCAUGUGCUUCUCAGGCUGGUGCCGUGCCCUGCGGUGUGUGCUGAGGCUUUCUCCCUGGUCUCCAACCUGAACCCCUACAGCUAUGACGAGAGCUGCAUGUCCAGCAGUGUGGAUCACCUACCCCUGGCUGCCCUGCCUCUCCUCGCCAUCGCCUCGCCGCACUAUCAGGAUGCGGUGGUCACCGUCAUCGCUCGAGCCAAUCAGGUGUAUCACAACUUCCUGCAGUCCCCUGAAGGGCAGGGCUUCACCGGCCAGGUGUGCCUGUUGGGCGACUGUGUGGGUGGUGUGCUGUGUUUUGAUGCUCUCUGCUUCAGUAACAGCCCACAGCAUGGCAGCCCCGAUCACCGAAGCCGACACAACAGUGUGGAGAGCCUGAAGGAGACCCCGGGAGACGCUGGCACGAGCUUUGGUUCCAGCAAGCGCCUGAGCAAGAGCAAUAUUGACAUCUCGGAGCCCUGUGAGGGCCGCGGGCCCACAAGGAACCCACUCGGGAGCGACAGCGACUCCCCUAGUGCCCAGCAGCUCCCGUUCCUGAGCAGCCUCAUACAGGAUGAAGUAGAUUUGAGGUCAGGGGGCAGCAAUCCGACGAUGAAUCCAGGCCGUUUUGACUUUGAGGUGUCCGAAUGUUUCCUGCUAGGCUGUCCGCUUGGGCUGGUGUUAGCCAUGAGACAGACUGUGCUUCCGUCGGUCCAGGUGAAUCAGUUGCGGCCUGCCUGCUCCCAGAUCUUCAACCUGUUCUACCCGUCUGACCCCUCGGCCUCACGCCUGGAGCCCCUCCUACAUCCCAGCUUCCACCGCUUGCUGCCAUUUCCUGUGCCCCGCUACCAACGCUACCCACUGGGCGAUGGACGCUCCACCCUCAUCGACCCCUCCCCUUUCUGCCCUCUGCCAGCGGACGACCUCCACAGCCACGCCGACGUGUUUCUGGACGGGGGCCCCGCAAAGGCGGACGAGGCAGACGGAUUGGGGAAACGGUCAGGCGGCGGCGGGGGACGCAGGGCCAGCUUGACCAGCACAGACAGUCAGGCUUCCGGCUGCUGGGAGAGCAGGCUCAGCUGCGCAAUCGCCAACGUCUCGAGUAGCUGGUGGGGCUCCAAACGGCUGGAUUAUACGCUCUAUUGUCCUGAUGUCCUGACUGCCUUCCCAACUGUAGCUCUGCCUCACCUCUUCCAUGCCUCCUACUGGGAGUCGACUGAUGUAGUAGCUUUCCUGCUCAGACAGGUGAUGCGCUGUGAUUGUGUGAAGGCUCAGGAGGCAGACAGCUCUGAAUCCACAUCCUUUUCCCCGUCCAGCCCCAGAGAGAAGUGGCUACGGAGACGCACCCAUGUCAAGCUGAGGAACGUCACCGCCAACCACAGGGUGAAUGAUGUCAUUGCCACGGAGGAGGGGCAGCAGACUCUGGUGGGCCGCUUCAUGUAUGGCCCCCUGGACAUGGUGACUCUAACAGGGGAGAAGGUGGACGUGUAUCUGAUGACUCAGCCGCAGUCGGGUCGCUGGGUGCACUUUGACACCGAGGUCACCAACAGCAGUGGCAGAGUGUCCUACACAAUCCCCGAUGACAAAAAACAGCCUCUGGGGGUUUACCCAAUUAAAAUGGUCGUCAAGGGAGACCAGACGAGCGCUGAGGCUUUCUUCACUGUGUUGCCACAUGGGAUGGAGUGUGUGGUGUUCAGCAUUGAUGGGUCAUUUGCAGCCAGCGUCUCCAUCAUGGGCAGCGACCCGAAAGUGCGGCCCGGAGCCGUGGAUGUGGUUAGGCACUGGCAGGACCUGGGUUACCUGAUCAUCUAUAUCACGGGCCGUCCUGACAUGCAGAAGCAGAGAGUGGUGUCGUGGCUCUCUCAGCACAACUUCCCCCAGGGCAUGAUCUUCUUCUCUGAAGGCCUGGUGCAUGACCCACUGCGCCAGAAGACCAUCUUCCUCAGGAACUUGAUACAGGAGUGUCACAUUAAGAUCAACUCAGCCUACGGCUCCAUGAAGGAUAUCUCCGUCUACAGCAUGCUGGGCCUCAGCUCCAGUCAAAUCUAUAUAGUGGGCAGACCAUCCAAGAAGUACCAGAACCAGUGUCAGUUCCUGAGCGAGGGCUACGCCGCGCACCUCUCCAUGCUGCAGUUCGGGCACCGGGCUCGGCCCAAGAAGAGCUCGUCCGUGCGCAUGGUGCUGCGCAAGGGGUCCUUCGGCCUGACGGCCAAGCCGGACUUUCUGUGCAAGCGCACGCACCUGCGGCGUACCAUGUCGGUGCAGCAGCCUGAGCCGCCGGCCACGGCCAACCCCAAGCCCGAGCGUGCCCAGAGCCAGCCCGAGUCCGACAAGGACCACGGGGGCGGGGUGACGGGUGGCCACGCUUUCUGGGUGCACGCGGCCGGGCACCGUGGCGACACCACUCCCUGACCAGAGAGAAGGAGAGAGGGAGACGAGGGAGGAGAGGUGAGGGAAAGAGGAGGUUUCUUGGCUGACAUGAGGCGAGACCCACGUCUGGGAGCUCUAGGUUGACUAUAAUCACCGGGCUGUAAGGAGUUCUUUUAUGGUGUCCUUCAGUCGCAGCAAAAUGAGAGUGUUUUACUGGUUUGGAGCAUAAGGAAUUUUCAAAUGCAUGAAAUCUAAAGAGCCCAAACGCCUAAAACGCCAUCUUUUGCUUUCAUCCGCUUUGAGCGACACAUUUCCAGGCUUUGUAGUUUUCUUGCCCUUGAUAUUCUCGCCUUUAAGCUGUGAAGCAUUCAAGCCUGUUAUUUAAAAUUCGAUUUCAGCAGACCUCUGAAAAGAGCUCCCCGCUGAACGUGAGAUAUUGCCUGUUAGAUUUGCCUGCGUUCUGUGCGGGCACACAUGGCUCGUUAGACUGUAAGGAAAGAGCCGUCAUGCUUAUGAUUUCCCUCACCGACUGGGGCUUCCCUUCCCCCCUGCUACACUGGUGCAUUCAUAUUCAUGGCCAAGCCCAGGGUAGAGCUAUUAUUAGAAGAUGCUCUCGGAUUGUUUGAGAUCACUGCACCUCCCACUCUGCUCUCUUGCAUCCCUCCCGACUGCUGAAAUCCAAGCGCAAAUCUCCGGUCGGGUCCUAUGUCGGCAGCACCGGUGAAGACGACAGAAUACGCACGCACCAAGUCCGGCAAUAAUAGGAAAUUAAUGUUUGCCCUUGAGCGGCGUGUCUCUUUCUGAACUAAUCCGGCGGGUGUUGAUUAGCGCAGUGUGAGGCCGCCCAUCAGCUCCUCUUCUCCUCCCCCGCGGGGCCUUCACCUCCUCACAACCCAUCUAGCUCCUGCUGCACCACGUGCUGGGACAGAUCGCGCGGCACGGCACGGCUUCCGCCGGUCCGUUCGGCAGCCGGCGAGCUGGGUUCGCUUGAGCCCCAAGGAUAGGAGACGGCUUAGCGGCGUUUCCGGGUCCAGAUGUAAUGCCUCUCAAGUCGGCUUUAAUGUCCGGUGUCCCUUUGCUCCCUUUUGUGCGAUUGGUCCAGUAACCGACAUCCCCGUUUAUCCAGAGGAGCUUAUAAGGCUUCAUCACCCCCCACCACCACCACCGGGCACAAAAGAACACAUCCAAUAACAUCCCGUUCGGAACGUGGGACGCACGGAGCCCAAGCAAUACGCAUCACGGGGUACAGGCGGGCACCGCUCAGAAUGACCUCGACGCCGACCCCUGCAAUAAUCCUCCUGGGUAAAUGUCACAGGUGCCGCCCUGUUGCCUCUGCAGCCGUGCACGGCGGCAGCAUCGGGGCCAGG